UUUCUAGUCGGAUUCGUUAACCACUGCGCCACGACAGGAACUCCACAUCCAGUCUUUUCUAACUGCGUUUCACUUCCCUUUUUGGAGUAAAAUGUCCUUCAGUUCUUCUGUGGUAGAUCAACAAGUCACCUUGGCGAGCACAGCACAAAAUCUCCCACGUCUUUGUGGCUGUAAGGUCGCAGCAGGAAACCCACAGGGUAGGUCAUGCCCAGUCCCUGUGAUGUGAGGUCGAGAGCCAGAGCUUUGUCUUGCGCAAGAAGCAGUUCCCCUUUUGUUUAGCAGGGGAUGUCACUUCGGGGCAAGGGGUUUAAAGCCCUGGCUGCUCCAUCCUGGGCUGUGUCCUGCUGUGAAGAUUUUUCUGCCUGGUCAGCUGUGCUGCCCGGUGUGGGAGGUGUCAGCUGAGGCACGGCCAUGCCCCCGAGGGUCAUUUUUCUGCUCGGACUUGUGUUUUGCUGGGACCAAAGGAUUUGGGCACAGACUGACCUCUACUCUUCUCUGGAAAGCUUCCUGGUCUCCAGCCCUUUCCCGUCAUCACGGAUGAGUCAAGAGGAAGAUGCUCAGGUUUUACAAAAAUGCAGCAAGGUGACUCAGCUGAGGUCGGCAUUCACCAUGUGGAGAACUGGGGACAUUGAUCUACCUGAAAUCUACCUAAAUCCUCCUGAAAAUGGAUAUCUUCCCAUUGUGAUUGGGACCUCAGCCAUCAGUGUUCUCCCUCUCUUCCUCCUCUUCCUCCUCCUCUGCCAUUGCUGGUGUCGAGCCAAACACAGGGCCACGGAUGAUGAGACCAAGAGCCAAGUGCAGUAUGACAGCUCUGGCCCAGGCUUGGACUUCACAGAAGACAAUCAAUGUGGUGUCUCAGUGGACAUCGCCUCUGAGGGGGACAGACAGAUGGACACGGAGGCCCUCCCAGAGGAAGAUCCACAGGACGUGAUCUCUGUUCAGCAACACCGAGAUUCCCUGAUGGGGAGUGUGGAUUCAGAGUUCUCCUGCACCCUUGAGGAAUCCUUGUGAUAGCCCUGUGUGUAUAUCACCCUCCCCUGGUCUUGAGUGCAGAGCCGGAACUGGCCGUGUGGACUCCAGCGCUUAAGGGCCCCUUAAGGAAGAUGCAGCGUCCCACUAGUGUCCCCCACAGCAGCAGCAUCUUGGAGCUCCCCAAAGACUCAAGAAUAGAGAAGCCUUGUCACCUGUCAAGAAAUCUGGGAUGCAUCGCAUCCCUCAACCGAUUCCUGGUUCCUUCUGUUUUUAUCCCCUCAUUUGCUUAUUUAACAGGUAUUCGCAGAAGUUGACUCUUCCUUUGCACCUGUGCUGAGGAGGGACAGAUCAGUAGGACACAGCUCCUGGUCUUAAGGAGUGCCUGGCCUCCUGAGAGAGGCAAACCUUAUGAUCGCUCGGGCCCUUAGAAAGCAAAGAGGGGGUGACCUACUGAAGCAGGGGAAGGAUGAUGUGGGCGACACAGGAAUACUCAUCCGGGCGCAUUUAAAGAGCACCCACAGGUACCCAAUGCAAGGAGAAGUCAAGAAGACAUAGGAGUCAAACUGGGCGGGAGGGAGUUCCUGGUGGCAUUUUGCUCCAAUGCUCUAGGCUUUGUGUGAGCUAAAGCCUUCAGAGCAGCAAAAGGCGAACAAGAAAGAUUCUUUGUAAAGGAACCAAAUUACAACUGUUUGACCAGAAGAAGGAUUUCUCUUGGGGAGGGGAAUGGUGCAGAGGGUGUUGGGGGGGGGGGGUAUGGUUUCCCUCUAGUUUUGGUGAAUUUCACUUUUUAGUUAUGCAAUGAAAAGAAAUAGAAUACAAUAUAAUGAGAUGGGAGUGGCAGAAGAGGAAUUGGAGUUGGUAUUAAAGUAGAUGCGAAUGAUUACAUUUGAGAUGGAUGAGCAGUGAGGUCCUACAGUACAGCACAGGGGACUCUGUCCAGUCUCUUGGGAGAGACUAUGAUGGAAGAUAAUAGGAGAAAAAGAAUGUGUGUGACUGGGGCACUCUGCUGCACAGCAGAAAUUGGCACAACACUGUAAUAAAAAACUAAAAAAAUACAAAAAAAUUCGGUUCAGUUUUGGCACGAGGACGUAGAGAAGAAAGUUAAUGGCAGGGCCAGUGAAAUACAGCACAGUGGUUUGGAGUGGAGAGUAGGAGUAAGAGAGGGAAAUCGAGCAUGCGUGUUGAUUGAUGGAAAGAAAUAUGGGGAGCGCAUAAUGUGGAUGAUAUUGGGGAGUGACCAUCAGCGGGACAGGGUAGCAUUGAGAGCCCCGACUCGGGAAUAGAUGGGUUAACCUGGGUUCAGAUUUCUCCUUCUGUACCCACUCGCUGCACGGUCACGCACACACUUCAAAAUGAUUCUCUGAGCCAGAAGGACACUCGUCAUUGAUGGAGGAGGAAAUCCAAGCUCAUGCGAACAUGGGCUAAGGUGCAAUCUCUUUGGAAUUAGAGAAAUAAAGAUUCCAACAACGA